GAUGAAGAGUAUAGUACGAGUGCGCAUGCGCCAAAAUGUCACGGUGUUGGUAGUACUACCAGUAUGUCACAGUACAAGUUGUUAUAAACGAUCGUUUUUUAAUGAUAGCCAUGGCUCCCUUAUCGUAACGAUUUGGCUCCGUGGAGGGAGGACGCCACGGCCAAACGAAAGCGAAACUAUGACAGCGAAUGAGGAUCAAGAGAUGGAGUUGGAGGCUCUUCGCUCGAUUUACGAAGGUGACGAGUGUUUCAAAGUGCUUAGUCCAGUUUCCUUUCAGUUGAGGAUAGGCGGUCUGGAUGACUCCAAAGCAUUCAUCCUGGACAUCACGUGGCCAGAGACAUACCCCAAGACUGGUCCUCAAAUCUCCCUGGAUGGCUUUUUUAACAACCGAAUAACUCCCGAAACCAAGCAGGUCAUCCUUUCGAAGCUGGAGGAACAAGUAGAAGCCAAUCUGGGCGACGCCAUGACCUACACCCUGUUCGAGUGGGCCAAGGACAACCAAGAAGACUUGAUGGAGAACCACAGACCUAUGGUCACCGCCGUGAAUUUAACGCCAAGCGGUGAGGCCGUACCCAACGCCACGGGCAAAAAGAAAGAGAGGAAGGAGCAGCUCACCAAAGCGCAGAAGAGGAGGAUCAUCAAUCGGACAGAUAACAAAGGGGAACUGCCGAGAGGAUGGAAUUGGAUUGACGUCAUCAAAGUAUGUACGCUUGCAACGUUCCUCGACAUGAACGAUAAGAAACUCCAUUAAUUUUUUUUUUCCCUUCCCCCUCCUUCGUUACAAUGAACAUCCAGCACCUGAGUAAAACUGGAGGCAAAGAUGACGAUUAGACCCCCAGAGCUGCCCCCCCUUUCAAUUUGAGCGGAAUGUCUUUCCGGAACAGGGCCGGCCGCAAAAAGGAGGCAAUACUGUACAGCGCAAUGCGUUGCUGGUUUCAGAAAGGUUACUUGAAAGCCUCCGUUCUGAAGGUACAGUAUCGACUCACUGCCUGGAACCUUGACGCAUUCGCCUUACAAACCAAUAUUUUGCAUUGUCGUGACACUCGAUAAAUAAUUCCAUCAGAUUUAACCUCACGGUUUUCUCUUUUUUUUUUUUUUUUUUUAGUCAAAUAAAACCCGAUUUCUGAGGUGA